UUGCUUUCCGCUGCCAUGAAGCCGAGGAAAAACAAAAAACGGGUUCCAAGCUUCCGCAAGCUGUUGAAAACAAGUAAAAUAAAACUUGACAACAAGUUAAAAAACAAACAGUUCAAGCAGCAGAGUACUGAGAAAUACCGAAAAGAACAAAGGAAGCUCAGACAAGCUGUCAAAGAUGCUGUAUCCAAGAAGCCAAUGCCUUUGGAGGAUAACAAGAAAAAACAUCCAGAACGGGAAGAAGAGGAGGAGGAAGCUCUUCCUCUUGAUAUGAUGGAUGAAGAUGAUAUGAAAUUAAUGGAGGAACUUGCUCAGAAGGCAUCUUUUAUAACAAGAGAUCUUUCUUCCAAUGAACCUGUUCAUGCCAAACGUAAGAAUGAGAGUGUGAUUGAGAAAUAUGAGAAGAAGCCAAUGCGCAUGCAAGACUGAGCCUGAAAAGAACUUAUUCAUCUGCUUCCCAUCAAAGACAAACGUGGAAUUAUUCCACAGACCAUGGAAAAGCCAGUGAGGCACAAUCAGAUUGCCAGGCAAGCUGAGGAUGGAAUAGAAGAAAUGGAAGAGGCACAAGACAUGAACAGCGUUUUUCUUUAUCGCCAGCUCUUGAAGAACCCAUUACCUGUUCUCACUGCUGAAGAACUGAUAGUUCAUAGGAAAAAGAAUCUACAAGAGAAAAAGAUGCACAUUGCUGCCUUAGCAUCUGCCAUCUUGUCUGACCCAGAAAAUAAUAUAAAGAAGCUGAAAGAGUUGCGUGCAAUGUUAAUGGAACAGGAUCCCAAUGUGGCCGUGAUUGUGCGAAAGCUGGUGAUGAUUUCUCUGAUGGAGCUUUUCAAAGACAUUACUCCAUCUUACAAAAUCAGACCUUUAACCGAGAAAGAGAAAAACACAAAGGUUAGAAAAGAAACUCAGAAAUUAAGAGAAUUUGAAGAAGGCAUUGUCAGCCAGUACAAGUAUUAUUUAGAAAAUCUGGAGCAAUCUGUGAAAGAUUGGAAGCAAAGGAAGCUGAAGAAAAGCAAUGUGAUUUCACUAAAAGCAUACAAAGGCCUUGCAGAGAUUGCUGUGAAGUGCUUGUGUGAGCUGUUGGUGGCCCUGCCUCACUUCAACUUCCACAAUAAUAUUAUUGUACUCAUCGUGCCACUCAUGAACGAUGCUUCAAAACAGAUUUCUGAAAUGUGCUGUGGUGCAGUAAAGACCCUCUUCAAGCAGGAUAAACUUGGCUAUGCCUCACUUGGUGUGGUGAAGGUAAUUUCUGGCCUUGGUGAAAGCAGGAAUUAUGAUGUUAGACCUGAGGUGUUAAUGACACUACUUCACCUAAGAAAGGAAGUAGAAGUGAAAAAAGAUGCAGAAGACAUCACGCCAAAGAAGAGGUUUAUGUCUUAUCAAGAGAAACGGAAAAAUCUGUCAAGGAUGCAAAGAAAGUGGAAGAAAGCAGAAGAGAAACUAGAAAGAGAACUCUUAGAAGCAGAAGCCUCAGAGAGCACAGAGAAAAAACUGAAACUGCACACAGAAACCUUGAAUAUUGUAUUUUUAACUUACUUCCGAAUACUGAAAAAAGCACAGAAGUCUCCCCUUUUGCCUGCUGUGUUGGAAGGCCUUGCAAAGUUCGCCCACCUCAUAAAUUUGGAAUUUUUUGAUGACCUUUUGAUUGUUCUACAUUCUCUUAUGGUCUCAGGGGUGUUAAGCCACAGAGAAAGUCUGCACUGUAUUCUUUCUGCUUUCCACAUUUUGUCUGGUCAAGGUGAUGUCCUUAACAUUGACCCUUUGAAGUUCUACACCCACCUUUACAAGAUACUACUUAAACUUCAUGCAGGUGCUACAAAUGAAGAUGUUGCAAUAGUGCUGCAGUGCCUGGAUGCGAUGCUCACCAAACGUAGGAAGCAGGUGUCCCAGCAGAGAGCUCUUGCUUUCAUAAAGCGCCUCUCCACAGUAGCCCUCCAUCUCCUUCCAGACUCCUGCAUUGGUAUCUUGGCAACCAACAGAACAUUAAUGCAUACUUUCCCAAAGACAGACCUUCUCCUAGACAAUGAAUCUCAAGGGAGUGGACUUUACCUUCCUGAGCUGGAUGAACCAGAGUACUGUAAUGCUCAGAACACAGCACUGUGGGAACUGCAUACUCUGCGAAGACAUUAUCACCCAGUCGUUCAGAAAUUUGCAGCUCACCUUGUUGCUGGUGCCCCAGCAGAAGGAUCAGAAUCUCUUGGGCAUGAAUUUAGUCGGAGGUCGCCUACAGAACUUUUUGAGGCCUACAGUAUGAAAGGAAUGACUUUUAAUCCUCGUGUUGCGUCAGUGGCACCCAGGAAAAAGGGUAAAUUUUCACAAGAGGCAUCAUUUCUGAAUGAAGACUUGAAUGAAUUGUUUAAGGUUUAUUUUGGAAGGCCUGUUCCAAAAGGAGCCCUGGAUUUCACGAAACACUUAAAGGGAUUGCCAGUUUCCGAAGUAUAGUACAAACCAUUGCAGUCUAUUUAAAGGAACUAAACACAUGAAAGAAAUAGUAACCUGGUCUACAAAUAAUUUAAAUAAAGUGGUUCUUUUUAUUAUGGAUGCUGGAUUUCCAGGAAUGAAGCAAUUAAUGAACAACACUGUACUUUGGAAUCCUAGGACCACUGAUUCCAUAUUUAUUUCUGUAGUUAUUAUGGUUUGUAAGCUUUGAGUUUAUGUAUAAUAUUGUACAAUAUUUUGAUUGGAAAUGGAUGAUUUUUUCUAAAAUGACAUGAAUUUGAA